AUGUGGAGCAGGGCACAGGGCAGUACAUUUAUUGGAUUAGAUAUGUCUCCAAUUUUUCCGACAGAAAACAAACCAAAGAAUGCCGGAUUUAUCGAAUGCUAUGUGCUUGAAGGACUUCCCUUCCCGUCAAAAUCUUUCGAUUCUGUACAUCAAAAAUUACUAUACGUUGCUUUCUCUGCAAAGCAAUGGUUACAAGUGGUAAAAG